AUGUCGGAUGAAGUGGUAUCACUCUCCUCCAAUUAUCCGUGGGAUCCGAAAUUGAGCGCCAGCGACCAACAGUUGUUUGGCCUCGAUCAGACCGACCCAGACAAGGAUUCGGACAUGGGGCAAGAGCAAGUGCCGAUACCCAAGAAAUCGGCACUGAUUAAAACUGAUAGGCCUCGGCCACACAUCUGUGCCACGUGUACUCGUGCCUUUGCCCGUCUGGAACACCUCAAACGACACGAAAGAAGUCAUACCAACGAGAAACCGUUCCAAUGUGCCGCAUGUGGCCGUUGUUUCGCACGGAGGGAUUUGGUGUUAAGACAUCAACAAAAACUCCAUUCCUCAUUGCCUACAAACAACAGAACCAAGGUCGCUCGCAAAGGAAGAGGUACCAAGAGUGCUUCCCCGCGCGAAGGCGAGGUUGUGAGCGAUUACUUGAACGAUAACAUCAACAUUGUCAGAAACAACACACAUGCCAAAUUACCGUUACCUGGGAAGUCGAGUUCGUCGCCUAUUGAGGACGAAUUCGGAGGAUCCGAACAAAGUAGCGCCGUCAAUCCACAGGAGCAAUACACACACUCGAUGGCUCCGGCGUACACGACACCGCAUUCGAUAUCCUCAUCGAGCGCCGCUUACUCUCCACAGAAACAGCCGAGAACAACUAAGCAAAAAAGUACCCCAACCAGGGGUGUGGCACCAUCGAAAGACCCUGUGAAAUCUGAAAAAGGUGGGUUUAGAGACCAACGGCACGCCUCCUUCUCGGCAGCAACAGCCAACUCGUACACCGGCUUUGACAACGAAAUUCCGACACAAGUGCAAUUCAGCUCGCCGCAGUUCAAUUACGAAAACGGAGAGGUUUUGUAUCUCGACCUGGACAGCCUGGACCUUCAAGGACUCAACGAGCAGUCGUCCAGCCACAACCAGUCCACCAGCUCGUCUGUUCCGCUGGUUGUCCAGAACAAACUCCAGUCGCAAGCGUUCGACUUCACUCCCGAAAGUAGCAUUUUUAGCAACAACUCGGUCACAAGUCCAGACAAGAGAGACUCAAAGGGCCCGACGGCAGAAAACCACAACGUUAACGAGGACUGGCUGUUUGAGUUCAUGAACGCACCGAUCGAAAAGGAGUUCCCUACGGUUUCCAACCACAUUGGUUUCACCGACUCGCCCGGAACAAACAACUCGAACCAUUCACCGCUCUCUGACGACUCGCCAACCAAUGACCUGUCGCAAUUCUUUCGCUCGAGACAGCUGGACCUGUUCAAGAAGAUCCCGAUCUCGCAAAGCCAAAAACACUCCACAAUCCCUGGCCGUUGUUCGGAGUUUGUGCGCAACCAUAUUAUGACCAAAUACAACCUGAAGGUGUCGCAGUUCCCGCAAUUGGACGACCUGAACCAUUAUCUUGCGCUGUACGAGAUCGAGUUCAACAGAUACUUCCCGUUCGUGCACAUCCCAACACUCAAUGUUGAGAAGAACUUGGAACAGAUCCCGCUUUUAUUGUCCAUGGCUGCCAUUGGUGCGCUGUACUCGUUCCACGCUCGCAACUCUUCCACAUUGUUCAACUUCUCGAGAUUCUUGAUCCACAACUUUCUCGAAAGCCAGCUUGCAAAGAACAAGUUCAACGAAGUCCCAUUGCACAUCACGCAGGCUCUAUUGCUUCACAUGUUUUUGGGUAUGUUCCACAACGACGUGGAGGUGACCAAGCUGACGUCUCGUCAGCUAACCUCGCUUGUUUCGCUGGUGAAGACCACCAAGCUUGACAUGCCAAUAGAAACUUUCCAGCUCCCGCCAGCAAUCAACAGCGAGAUCUCCGGAAACGAUGCUCUGGUCAAGAGCUGCUACGAAUAUUUUGUUCUCGCGCAAAGCAGAAUCAGGACAGUGCACUGUCUUCACUAUUUAUGUGUUCUUUUUGGAUCUCUGAUCGGAUCGCAAAUCGAACUUACUCCAGAAGACAUCCGGUGUGGGUUACCUUGCCACAUCGAGAAAUUAUGGACAUGUCGAUCCGAAACCGAAUGGAUCUCUAUUAUUCACGAAAAUAAGAUCAUUAUCGAUUCCAAGUUCUCCCUUAUCCAGCUGGGCAACGGAACAAAAUCGUACACCGAUUUAUGGCACGACCUGAAUAACCACACCUUGGACACCGAUAUUGGACUUCGUUGUUUGCUCUCGCUGUUGAUGUCUUUGAACGGGGAUAUUCACAACCAACGGCAGAUUCUUUCGAAUUCUGACCGGAGCUUGGGAGCCAACAUUGCCGAAUGGCGACUCGAGAUCAGACCGCACUUGGAGUCGAUUAUCAAGUCCUGGGAAACGUGUUUUAUCCGGAACGGAGGACCUAUUGUGCCGCAGGGCCAAAAUCUCCAUACCAUUAGUCAGAGUGCCGUGUUGAAACUGAUUUUGCCGCUCCUGUCGUUUGCCAAAAUCCGCAAGUGUGUGUACAUUUCGCCAAUUUUGCAACGAGUCUGGCACCGGGACUGGGACGGAAUGAACUCCGAGAUCAAGCAUCUCACCAACGACCCGGAGGCUCUGAGAGACUCAAUCAGCUACUCGCUAGAUAUCAUUAACCUGUGGAUCGAGAUCAUGUCGAUAAACAACGAUGCGGAAAAGACGUCGGUCAGGACCCCGAUCUUCUUCCUCACCUGUUUGUUCACGGCUGCUCUCUUGAUCUCGGAGUAUUUGUUCACCACGGAAGAAUGGGCCAUCAACUAUCUCUCAUCUCCAGAGAAGUUCAACCACUUGACUACUGCAGACCGCGUUCUCUGGUUGCGUACUGAAACCAUUUUCAAAAAGGUGGAGAGAAACCUGCUUCCUAAAGGGUCAAACAACUCGUCUUACUCUGAGUUUCUACGGAUCCAGGCCAACGGGGCUCUGGACGUGGAUAUUCUGGAUGACGAGAUCGCGAGACUGGCUCUCGAGCCCGGCGACCUGCGUCCAAUCGCACAGAUCAUGAUCAGUGCCCGGUUGAGCUCGCGGUGUCUUUCUCUAGGUGUGCGGAUCCUGGCCGACGCCCCAGUUUGGCCGAUCGCCUUGGUGUUUGCGGAAGCGCUCAAGGCCCGUGCCACCGCCAUUCACCACACACAGUCUCGGUUCAGUCCGGCUGCGUCUAGGGAUACUUAA